ACUCUGCCCAGGGGCAGCUCAUCCUCAUGCCAUCACAAAACCCCCUGCUCUACUGGUUUCCCUGGGUUCCCAAGCAAUUGUGCCAUCAGACCCCCCCAGGGGGCCCCUGGAGAAGCAAGGGAGGGCACAACCAAGGGUCAGUUCAGCACAAAAGGAUCCUCCCCAAGGGCUGCGCAUCUCCCUCGAGGACUCAGAACACACAUGACUCACCCCAUUUGAGCUCAGACAGGUGCAUCCUUGGGAAGCCCUAGGAUCCUGGCAUUAGGCGGGGUGCACUGAGCCCCCGAUGUCCCUAACCCUUUGCCAGCAUCCUCUGGCCCCGCAGAAGCAGCUGACAUGCCUGUCUCCAAGUGCCCACAUAAGUCGGAGCCCCUGUGGAAGGGAUGGGACCGGAAGGCCCAGAAGAAUGGACUGAGGCACCAGGUGUAUGCUGUCAAUGGCGACCGCUAUGUGGGUGAGUGGAAGGACAACAUGAAACACGGGAAAGGAACGCAGAUCUGGAAGAAGAAAGGAGCCAUCUAUGAGGGGGACUGGAAGUUUGGGAAGCGAGAUGGCUAUGGCACCCUCAGCCUUCCUGACCAAGAGACGGGAAGGCACAGGAGAGUAUACUCGGGCUGGUGGAAGGGCGAUAAGAAAUCGGGCUAUGGGAUGCAGUUUUUCGGACCCAAGGAGUAUUACGAGGGUGAGUGGUGUGGCAACCAGCGCAGCGGGUGGGGCCGCAUGUACUACAGCAAUGGCGACAUCUACGAGGGCCAGUGGUGCAACGACAAGCCAGAAGGGGAGGGCAUGUUGCGCCUGAAGAAUGGAAACCGCUACGAGGGCUCCUGGCAGAGAGGCAUGAAGAACGGCCCGGGACGUUUCUUCCACCUGAACCACGGUCAGCUGUUUGAAGGCUUCUGGGUGGACAACGUGGCCAAGUGUGGCACGAUGAUUGACUUUGGCCGUGAUGAGGCCCCUGAGCCCACCCAGUUCCCCAUUCCUAAGGCCAAAAUUCUCGACCCCGAUGGUGUGCUGGAAGCAGCUUUGGCCAUGUUCAAGAAGACAGAGGAGGAAGAAGAGGAAUGACGCCAGGUGAGGGGGCAGGCACGCCUGCCAGCCUCUGAUGUGGUGGGGUAGCUCCUAGGGUCUCCUUUGGCCAAGGAGCUCAGCGGCAGGACCAGAGAGGGUGGGUUUCUUAACUCUUACAGUCUAGCUGGUCCUUUUUGGUUCCUCUCCUUCAAAACUCAUUUCCCAGACCAGUUCAUUCCCGUCCUGCCCAAAUCCUCCCAUUUGCCUCCUGGGCUGAAUGCUGGAUUGGAGCCAGGUGGUCUGCUUGCCCCCAGAUGCCCUUGAGUGAGGCGGUUUGUCCCGGCCUUCACUUGCACACCUGUCCAGUGGGGCCUCCAGCCCUAAACCCUCCUGGGGUGGGUAUAAAUGAGGUUCGAGGAGAGGGCACUGCCACAGUCUUGGAAACGCCAGCUCCCACCACCCCCUUGCCGCUGCAGAGAACACCAGAGCUUGGAAGAAAUUCAAGCCCACAUCACCCAACUGCUCAGACCGGUGCGGCUCCUGGAGGAGCCAGUGGUGACUCCGGGCGCAGCCUGGCACCCUCAAAGGGCACGCACUCCUUCCAGCACUGGAUUGUUCUUCACCCACAGGGGCCAGUGCUUCUCUCCCCGGCUGGCCUCGGGGACCCUCUCAUUACAGCCUUCAUUCUAGGACCCCAUCUCUGAGUGUACGAGAAUAAAGGAGAAUCUGGUGGCAUUAG